AGAAGUUUUAAUGAUGGAGGUGGAGGAUUAAAACUCGUACUCGAGUGAACAGAAUCCUCAGACUGGCAGUUCAGCUCUAACAUCAAAAUGACCGUUUUUGAAGUUAGCAACCGGCUAAUGGAGAGCGCAGUUGAGAAAAUAAUGAGCGAAAAUCUGGCAUUCACGAUUCUUGCAACGUCAGCUUUCACGCUCGCACUGGCGUAUUUAUCUAAAAUGGUGUUCAAACAGCAACAACCGCAGGAUAAAGACGACGGACAAAAAUAUCCUCCAUACAUCCCGUCCAGUUUGCCGUUCCUGGGUCAUGCCAUCGCUUUCGGAAAAAGCCCCAUCGACUUCCUGGAAAACGCGUACGAGAAGUACGGACCUGUGUUCAGCUUUACGAUGGUGGGGAAGACGUUCACCUAUCUGGUGGGAAGCGAAGCAGCCGCUCUGAUGUUCAACAGUAAAAACGAAGACCUGAACGCCGAGGACGUUUAUUCACGGCUGACCACGCCCGUGUUCGGCAAAGGAGUCGCCUAUGACGUCCCCAACCACGUGUUCCUGGAGCAGAAGAAGCUGUUGAAGACGGGGCUGAACGUGGCUCGCUUUAAGCAGCAUGUACAGCUCAUCGAAGAAGAAACGAGGCAGUAUUACACCCGCUGGGGGGAUAGUGGAGAGAAGAAUCUGUUUGAGAGUCUGAGUGAGCUGAUCAUCCUCACGGCGAGUCGCUGUCUGCACGGCGUGGAGAUCCGCAGCGUUCUCACCGAGAGUGUUGCUCAACUCUACACCGACCUCGACGGAGGAUUUACCCACGCUGCCUGGAUAUUACCUCAGUGGCUUCCUUUGCCUAGCUUCAGGCAGAGAGACCGUGCUCACAAAGCCAUCAAACAAAUCUUUUACAAAGUGAUCGAGAAACGCAGGAAGAGCGCAGUGAAAGAGGACGACAUCCUACAGACACUCAUAGACGCCACGUACAAAGAUGGACGCGCUCUGAAUGAUGAUGAGAUUUCAGGGAUGCUGAUUGGUCUGUUGUUGGCGGGUCAGCACACUUCCUCCACCACCAGCGCGUGGCUUGGGUUCUUCCUGGCGCGAGACCCUGAGCUGCAGAAACGCUGCUACAGCGAGCAGAAACAAGUGUGUGGAGAAAACCUGCCACCCGUCACCUACGAACAGCUGAAGGAGCUGACCCUGCUGGACUGCUGUCUGAAGGAGACUCUGAGGCUGCGCCCUCCCAUCAUGACCAUGAUGAGAAUGGCUCGAACUCCUCAGAAAGUUGGAGGUUACACCAUCCCUGCAGGACACCAGGUGUGUGUGUCUCCCACAGUAAACCAUCGACUCCAGGACACCUGGACUCAUCGAUUGGACUUUGACCCUGACCGUUACCUUGGUGAUAACCCCGCCGCUUCGGAGAAGUUCGCCUACGUGCCAUUCGGAGCAGGUCGGCACCGGUGCAUCGGCGAGAACUUCGCCUACGUGCAGAUUAAGACAAUUUGGUCGACGUUGUUGCGUUUGUAUGAGUUUGAGCUGGUAGACGGAUAUUUCCCCACUGUGAACUACACCACCAUGAUACACACACCCAACAACCCCAUCAUCAGAUACAGACGGAGGACAUAACACACACCGUCACACACACACACCGUCACACAAGGCUGGCUGAUGAAGGCCUGGAAUAACACCCAGGAGGUUUCUGGUAUCACACAGGAAGCAGUGUUCGAGCACAAUAAUCACACACACACACACACACUCUCUCAAUCUCUCCUCAGUGAUGCUAUUUGUAAAUAAACAGUUUUAUUAAUAUAUACAAAUCAAUUUUGCAACUUUGCUGAACUGUGAAAAUGUUUAAAGAAUGAUGUGUAAAUGUUCCAUUAAAAUUGUUCCAGUCGUC